AUGGCGAAGGUAGAUGUGUAUGAUGCACUCAAAGCAGACGAGUCUCGCGCCCUCUCUUCAUGGGGCAAAACCGCAAUAAGAUUAAAAGCUGAUCCAGUCACCUCUAUUUUGCCUUCGUUUACAAGCAUCUUUUAUGCUAAUGAGGUUCUCGAACUUAGUCAACUUCUUUUUCCGAAAACCAUUCAAUACUCAAUACGAAAAGCGAUGGCCGAUUCAUGGGACUUAGACCUCGAUAUUGAUUUGUUGAAAACUCUCAACCGUGAGACUUUCUUAUUUGACCUUCUUUGUUCGAGAGCGUGGAUGGAUUACAUGAGUCGGUGCUAUGGAAGUAAAGCGGAUGUGCAAAUGGUUUCGGCUUUGAAACUCUACAAACCUGAACGCAUUCCAACUUUAAUUCAAGAAGGAGAAACGAGUGCAGAGGCUGAUGUUCUAUCGCUUACGGAAGCUCUCAAAAAAAGCUUACAAGAGGUGCCUCCGUAA